GGUUCGCGUCGACCAUCAAAAUAUAGUAAUCAUUCGCAAAACGAAUGUACUUGCAUAUGUAACAAAUUUAUAAUUCCCGCUGAAAUUAUUGGCCAGUUGGUAUUGUUGUUGUUGAUCGGCUUGAGCGUGUUUAGGGGUAAACGAAAGUGAAAACUCAAAAACGGUAAUUAACAUAAAACGCUUAAAUAAGCAGCAUAUACCAAUGCAAGCAAUGUGAAAUAUGUGAAAAGAUGCCCAUCUGUGUGCUUUGCGUGUGUGUUGCCGCAGCAGCCGCAGUAGCAGCUGCGAGCAUGUAUGUGUACCGAAAGUGCUUAAAUCCGAAAACGAAUCUCGAAGAUAAGAAGAGCCACCAGAGCUAGAUAGAUAAACAGAUCAGCGAUGAUUUAACUAAGAGAUAAGCCCCGAAUCUGCGAGAACCUAUUUGCGAAAUGCCUAAAGCUGUACUUGUGAUUGAAAUUGGCGUUGCGGCAGCGAGCAAGCAAAAUCGUUACGCUGCAUUUUGACUUUGGUGGCGUCUGAAAAAUCGAUUGGAUUGGCCGUAGUAAAGUUGCGACCAUAACAAUACCCACAAUCAUGACGCUGCUGGCGGCGCCGUCAGAUGAAGUCCCGUGCUCGCACCGCGGACGCGGAUAUUCAACCAAAGAUGGCAAUCUCGAGAUGAAAGUGCGCACCCAGUGAGCAUUCUCCGUUAGCUUCGUCAGCCCCCAGAGACAGAUUGAGAGUGAGAGUGAGAGCGAGAGCGAGAGCGUCAGAGAGUGAGAGUAAGAGCGAGAAUAUCAUGUCCAAAAUGAGAGGUCGCAUUUUGAUACCACUGCCCAACACCGGAUCGAUGGGGCGGAAGCGCAACAACUUUUAUAUGCGGAGCAUAUUUCUACUGGCGCUCUGCAUCUUUGGCCUGCUGCAAUAUCACAACUUUAACUACUUGGACUCCCGGGACAAUGUGCUGGGUGAUGCGGUCACCAAUGACUCGGAUGAUGCCAUCCUGGCCAUGGUGCCCGCCCCACUGCACAAGUACUUGACGCCGCACUCGCGCAACCACAGUGGCGCCGCAACAACCGGAACGAUGGGCGUAUUAGGAGCUCCUCUGCUGCUGAAUUCGAGCAGUUCCGGCGCGGCGACUGCAACUACAAUCAGCUUUGAUGUCUACCAUCCGCCGAACAUAUCGGAAAUAAAGCGUCAAAUCGUUAGAUACAACGACAUGCAGCUGGUGCUCAACGAGGACACAUUUGGGCCUCUGCAAAACGACUCUGUGAUAAUUGUAGUCCAGGUGCACACGAGGAUUACUUACUUGCGGCAUCUGAUUGUCAGCCUGGCGCAGGCGCAGGACAUUACCAAGGUGCUGCUGGUGUUCUCGCACGACUACUACGACGAGGACAUCAACGAUCUGGUGCAGCAGAUAGACUUUUGCAAGGUGCUUCAGAUCUUCUAUCCCUACUCCAUUCAGACGCAUCCCCACGAGUAUCCAGGCGUCGAUCCCAACGAUUGUCAGCGGAAUAUCAAGAAGGAUCAGGCCAUGAUCAGCAACUGCAACAACGCGCUGUAUCCGGAUCUGUAUGGGCACUAUCGGGAGGCAAAGUUCACGCAGACGAAGCAUCACUGGAUCUGGAAGGCGAAUCGUGUGUUCAACGAGCUGGAGGUCACUCGCUAUCACACAGGUCUGGUCCUGUUCCUCGAGGAGGAUCACUAUGUGGCCGAGGAUUUUCUCUACCUGCUGGCCAUGAUGCAGAAGCGCACCAAAGACUUGUGCCCCCAGUGCAAUGUGCUGUCCCUGGGCACCUAUCUGAAGACAUUCAAUUACUACACCUACCACAGCAAGACUAACAAGAAAUCCUAUGCUUCCUCGCUGAUCUCGUCAAACAGUCUAUUAGGAUACAAUGGGCAUAAUAAUAAUAAUAACAAAAACAACAACAAUAAUAACAAUAAUAAUAACAAAUUAGCUGUGUCGCCCUCCUCUUCUUCCACAUCAUCUGCGCAAUCAUCAACGACAUCAUUCAGAAACAACGCCAAAGUGUAUGUGGGCGACACCACUGCAGAUGGCAGCAGCAACCACAAAAACAUCAACAAUAGCAACAAGAGAGAUUACAAUAAGCAUAACAAUAACAACAACAAUAAUAAUUAUAACAAUAACAAAUCGAACAAUAUGAGAAGCAACCACAUCAACACUGUCACCGCCUCCUCAGCCGCCACAUCCUACGACACCAACAAUGAGCAACAAAAUAGCAAUAGCAAUAAUAACAAUAACAAUAACAACAAAAAUGGUGCACAAACAUGGAACUAUCAUGUCCUGCCGUCAUUGUAUUCCGUCUAUCAGAAGGUGGAAGUCAUGCCGUGGGUGAGCAGCAAGCACAACAUGGGCUUCGCCUUCAACCGCACCACCUGGACGAACAUCCGGAAGUGUGCCCGUCACUUUUGCACCUACGACGACUACAACUGGGACUGGUCGCUGCAGCACGUCUCCCAGCAGUGCCUGCAGCGCAAGCUGCACGCCAUGAUUGUCAAGGGACCGCGAGUCUUUCACAUUGGGGAAUGUGGCGUUCAUCACAAGAACAAGAAUUGCGAAUCCAACCAAGUCAUCUCGAAGGUUCAGCAUGUGCUGCGGAUAGCACGCACCUCGCAUCAGCUGUUUCCCCGCUCACUCACCCUGACGGUGCCCAGUCUGAGCAAGAAGACCAAGCUGCGCAAGGGCAACGGCGGCUGGGGCGACCUGCGCGACCAUGAGCUGUGCCUAAACAUGACCCUGGCCACGCGAUAGAGGACCGGAGCGAGUGCCAAAGGAGCAAAGCUGCAGCUUUCAGUACGAGUAUUGAUAUCUAGUUAGAGCUCUUAGGAAGUAGCCUUAAAUAUGGUUAAACGCGAACAUUCAACAUUCAGCACUCAACGAGAAUAUGUACUCUGUAUCAGUGUAAUAACCAAACCGCAAGUAAUCGAAAGUCAAGUCAAGUUGUGCAUCAAUUGCUCCUCCAAAGACAUCACCUUCCAUGGGCGCGGCACAAAUUCCUAGUAUAAGUAAUCCUCCUCUAGUCACAGGCCAUAUGCCACACCCAAAUGAACCCAAUAUUCGGAUCCUAUUUGUACUGUUUGCUCUUCGGUUUUACUUUGUAUGGUUUAGGCUCCGUCCAAAAUUAGGGCGGAUAGGUCCCAAUCAACGCAUACGACUCUUAUAAUACUAACUAUAUAACUCAUAUAUGUAGUACGAUUAGUACUAAAUCGUCUAUCGUAAUCCCAAAUUGUGCCGAAUCCGUUUCGUAAAUGGCCAUCUAAGUGGUCGAGUCUCUAGAGAGUUUAGCGAGUUUAGAGGUAGAGCAAGCAGUCAAUCGCAUAAACUAGUCAUACGAGUAGCACAUGCACAUGGAUCGAACCAUGGCGCAUUAGAUGAAAAUAACUAAAUAACUCUUUGAUAACUUAUUGUAUAACAUUUUAAGCCUGUACAUAGAAAUCUUUUGUUGUAUAAAUUA